AAAAAAACUGUUCAGAGAAACACACUGGGAGAGGGUGAGAGAGAGAGGGGGACAACGGCUCCUCGGAGCACCACUCUUUACUUUCUCAUAAUUUAACCGGUCGGCCUCUCGCGGGGUCAUCAUCACAUGACAAAGACUGAGUGACAGAUUCAUCUUCAUCUUUCAGAUAUUUCCAUUUUCUGUACCUAAGGUCAGUGGCAUGAAGGGAGGCGGAAGGGGCAAAGAGCCCCCCGCGGACGGGGAGCUGAGCAGCAAGCGCCCCAAACGCAAGUGCCUGCAGUGGCACCCGCUGCUGUCCAAGAAGGCCCUGGAUUUCUCCGAGGAGGAGGAGGAUGAAGAAGAGGAGGAGCUAGAGAAGGAGCCGCUGCUGUGCGGGGAGGCUGGGGCCGCGGAGGCGGAGGCCGGCGGCACGGAGGAGGAAGAGGGAGAGGAGGAGGAGUCCUCGGAGCAGCGCGCCCGCCGGCCCAUGAACGCUUUCCUUCUCUUCUGCAAGCGCCACCGCUCCCUGGUGCGGCAGCAGCACCCUCGCCUCGACAACCGCGGCGCCACCAAGAUCCUGGCGGACUGGUGGGCCGUGCUGGACCCCAUAGAGAAACAGAAGUACACGGACAUGGCCAAGGAGAUCUCUUCCAACACGUCUUCAGUGACUCUAGACUCAGACAAGCAGUGUGGAAAGUCAGCAUUGUUUCAGCUUGCUGAGAUCUCAUCAAGCACAACCCAGUCAGGAGCUGCAGAAGCUGCUAAAAACCCUGGGAAAUCUGCCCUCUUCCAGCUUGCAGAGAUUUCCUCUACGACACCCCAGACCACCGUGUCAGACACAGUGAAGAAUGGAAAGUCCUUCCAGACUGAGCCGGCUGAGAUUUCUUCCAAUACGUCCCAGGUUGGACUUACCGAGCCCAUGAAACCUUGUGUGAAAUCUCCACUGUUUCAGCUGGCCGAGAUAUCUUCCAGUACAUCUCAGUCCAUUGUCCCAGAGGUGAAACAGUGUGGCCAGUCAGCGCUUUUCCAGCUUGCAGAGAUGUGCCUGGCAUCGGAGGCAGGGAAAAUUGAAGCUCUGACCCCAUCGCCGAUGGGCAACUCCAUUCCAGAUCCCUCUGCUCCAGCGGGCAUCUCCCUGGGCAGCCGAGCAGGGAUGGACACCACGUCACUAGGCCAGGAGACCCAGGCCGCCCCCGGCGUCGCUCUCCCCUCGUCCGCCUCUUCCUCGGCGUCCUCCUCUCCCGUCGACCCCAGCCCCCCGAGUCUCAGUCAGCCCAAAAAGGUGAAAAAGAAAAAGAAGAAAGACCGGGACGAGGCUCCGAAGGCUGACAAGGGUUCGCCGAAAAAGAGCUGCAAGAAGCGGCAGUCCUCCGAGUCCGACCUGGAGAGCGUCAUCUACACGAUAGAGGCUGUGGCGAAGGGGGACUGGGGGCCAGGGGAGAACACAGGCGAGACGCCCAAGAAAAAGUCUCGACCCCCACCCAGUGUGAAAGGAGACCCUGGGGAGGUCAGCUCACCAAAGAAGAAGUUGAAGGCCAAAGUGAAAAAGCCAGCCAAGGCGAAAGAGCCGGGAUCUGUGGAGGACUCUAAGCCCCCAGAGCUGCCUGUGAACGGCCCCCCAGCCAUCGAAACGGAGGCAGAGGAGGCAAAGGUGAAGACGGAGCCCCCCGCGGGCACAGCGGAGUCAGCACCCCAAGAUCUCCCCCUGCUCCUCGUGAAAACGGAGGAGAAGGAGAAGGAGAAGGAGAGUAGCACAAGACCAGAGAGCUGUGGGUCGAGGAAGUCCGAGAGGGCCUGCAAAGGCGCUCUGUACAAGACUCUGGUCUCUGAAGGAAUGCUGACUUCACUGCGAGCCAAUGUGGAUCGAGGUAAAAGAGGUUCGGGGCGAGGCAGUGUCUCUGAUCACGAGGGUGGCUGGACCGAUGACAGCUGGGCUUUCGCACAGUCAGGGACCAGCAACAACAAGAAGCUGAAAAAAUCCAAAUCUAAGGAGGAGUGUGUUGCUGGUUUGGGGAAGCUGGAAGAAGAGUUUGAAAAGAAAUUCAACAGCCUUCCACAGUAUAGUCCUCUGACAUUUGACAGGAAGAACACCUGCACCACGAAGAAAAAGCGAAACAGUGGGAAUGGGACAGUGGAGCAGCCCAAACCAAGCAAGGGUUCAUCCCCAUCUCAGAAAAAGAAUUUAUUCCACAAGAUUGUUAGCAAGUACAAGCACAAAAAGGAGAAACCCAAUACAUUGGAUAAAGCCAUAGCAAUGCAAGACCCUGUCCAGAAGGCCAAGCUGCCUCAGUCCUCCAGCACAGCAUCGCUGGAGGCCCUGCUGGUGGGCAGCCAGAAGAGAAAGGCGAGGAAGAGCAAGAUAACGCACCUGGUGCGCAGCGCAGAUGGCAGGGUGUCUCCUGCAGAGGAAGACAAAGCCAGAGACCUGGCACAGGACCAGGAGGAAAAGCCAUUAACCCACGAGACUUUAUGCAAAGAUGAAGGGUGCUACACAGAACCCCAGGCACAAGACGCAAGCAGUAUUACACAGGACAGGCCCAGUGUGUCCAAUCUCCCAGCGUUCUUCAGUCUGGCUGCACUGGCUGAGGUGGCAGCCAUGGAGAAUGCACACAGAAGCCAGCACCCUGUAACCAUGCCUCAUGAGGGACAGUCAAAUGAAAUGGCCCAGACUCCUGUACUCAUCUCCUGCGCUGACCAGUGAAGGCAUGCAGUUUUUAACAAACACACUGUGCUUUUGUUACCUAACCUCCUAGCCAUGUCCUGAAGACGGAAGGUCGCAGAAGGAAGUUGUCCUGACUACAUGAGGUUCGGCUCUGCUCUGGGGGAGGGGAGCCCAUUGGACAUUUUGGGUAGGGGACGGGGGCAGCUCCCCAAAGAAGCCAAUUGUCAGCAAGGACUGGAGCCGAGCUGGUCCCAGAGCUGGGCUUUUCCACUGGGUGGCUGUGACGGGUUAGCAGAUAAUGUGCGAGAGAAGGCUGCCUUUUUAAGGUCAAGUUUUGAAAACAAAAAGUGCAUUUAAAAAAAUAGAAAUUCUACACGCAGUGUAUUUUUCCACAUUUUUUUUAUUCAGCGUUGCCUGCUUACUAGGGUUACCUGUUCUUGACUCUGCUAACCAGAUACUGUAAACUCAGUGCCGAAACAGAGAGAGCUCAACUGUGGCGUCCCGUCAUGCGACUGAAGGAAACCUAGUAGCUUCCUGAAAACCUUCCUCUUUUUAAACUAGCGAUCACAGUAAUGCACAGAUUUGUCUUCUAGCACACUGAUUGCCUUUGUAUCCUUAACUCUGACCACAUGACCACCUGUCUGUCCUAAUAUCUAAUGCUGCAAGCAGGGGGUCAGUCUGUGGACUAUAGAGUGUGGUGUACAGUAGACUCCUCUUAAAACGAAUUGGUAUGAUUUAUAGAAAAGAGUUAUUGGAGCAAUUGGAAAAGGUUCACCUGAGAUACUUAUGAAGAAUUAAUUUUACAGCUUAUUUCAGUGGUUAUUUUGUGCCGUCAGUAACAUGAAAUGUCAGGCGACAAAACAAAGGCUGAAAAGCUAAGACAGUAUAUGAAUUUCUUAAAGAAAAAUAUGUGUGUAUGAAGUGAUUCAGAAAUAAAAGGCUCUCAAAUUCUGUAUGAAGAUUCAGUUGUAGGAUUGAAGUUUCCCUUCAGCUGACCAACUGAAAUGUGUUGUAUUGCACAUAAAAAGUCCCUUUGAGAAGACAAAAGGGGAAAUUCUCUCCAUUUUCAGCAGGAACUGAUGUCACGUUUUUUAUAAGGCAUUUGACUUCAAGGAACUUGCCAAAUUUUCUGGGAUGUUCUGAAGUUAUGCUGAAAGAGGAAAGAAGCUGGAAUAGCUUCUAUAUCUCUCACCCAUUUUUAUCACAUCAAGUUUCACAUCCUAGUUUAGAUAUGGAUUGGGGCUUCUACACUCUCCGAUAAACUGAAGUGCACAUAAUGAAAAUCCGAAAAUAUCCAAAUUGUUGGGGGUGAACACGUUUUAAGUUUCAAGUGAAGGGAGUCUGCUGUACUGCCUCACUGAAUGGAGCAAGCAUGGCGUUCUAGUCCGAUCAGGUGUACCAUUCAGCUGUUGUCAUAGACUUUAAAUGUGAAAUAAAGGACUCACACAGCUUUCAGUGCACCAGGCUCCCCAUGGAGGUGCACAUUUUGUUUGUUGUAACUUAUUCUGUUCAUGAUGGUCACUCCAGUAUCUUACGUAAGAACGUAUGAAAGAUUACAAUGGAGUGGAGGCUCUUUGGCCACUUUUCUGAUAUUAAACUUCACAUAGGCAAUAUACGUUCUUGCUGUUAUUUCUUGACUUUUAAUGAGACAGGAAUUUUGUAUAAAAAGCAUACACAAAGCCUGUUUCUUCUUAAAUGAACAGUUUAAAGUACUUGAAAGAUAAAAUGCAUUUUAUGUCAAUGCUUGACCUUACUGCACAGUCUUUGUAGCAUCUAAAUAGCUAAUCCAAAUGUGUGCUACUAGUUUCCUAUGAUAGCUAGUUUAAUAACACAGACACUGCACUAAUUUUUAGCUAGAAAAAGCUUAGUUUUCUACUUUUAUUUAAUAGGAUUCGUACUGAUCAAUUCUUCCUUUUGUGUUCCUUUUUUAAUUUUUAAACCCUGUUUUUCUCCGAAGGACAUAUUCAGUCCAUUAAUAUUUGUGAAAAUUACUGUCAGCAUCAGAAGCAUUUUUGAAAGAAAAAACAUUAAUUGCUUUGUUAUGGGUUAUUUGUUCAUUUUAAUUUAACUUGAGGCAUUCAUUCCUUUUUCAAAUAGCCUGUUACAGCUGUAAUCCCACUGUGUGUUGUGUAAACAAUCUUGCCAUUCCUGUUGUACAGUAUAUUUUUUGUUGGGUACAUGUGCCAUGAAUGAAGGCAGAUUUUAGAAAGGUGUUUCUCAGUAAUCCAACAUAGUCUCAUUCUUUUUAAUGUUGUUUGAAGGGGCAUGCUCCAACUCCCAGGUCCCCAACUCCUGCUGAGACCUGUGUCUUCAUACGUUUUGUUCCAACCUUAGUAGUCGACUAAGACAACCUGAUUAUUUUCUUUGCUGAUCAUGCAUAGGAUUAUUAAUAUGGAAUUUUACAGUUGAUUUUUCAGAACAUUCACUUCAUUAAAGCUUGAUUUACAUAGAAAAAACACCUAGAAGUAUUACUUAUGCAGAAACACUAGGAUCUCUAGAUCUUGGAGUUGGAGACCCCAGUACAAUCUGGGGGCAUAUACUACAUCUGUAGCUGACUGCCUCUUAGGAAACCUCAGAAAAGCAGUAGCCUUUUGUCAUUGUUUCACCAUUGUAGAGGUUGGCCCAGUUAAAGCCUCCAGAAAAACCCUUGAAUGUAUUAACUCCUACUUUUUUAACCACGGAAACAUUAAGUUUUACUUUAGGUUCAGUCAGAGCUGCAAUUAUACAAGAUGAUUUGUGAUGUAUAGAGGUUUUGUGCAGCCUGUUUCCUAACACGAAUUUCCCUCUUUUAACCUAGAGAUCUGAUCCUUCACAAGAGUUUGCUUUUUUUUUAGCUUCAAAUGAGCAUAUCUCUGCUUUUUUGUGUUUGGGGUUUGGGUAACGAUGCUUCAGACCUACUGGUCUGGUUAUGUCAUCCCAGUAAAUAUUAUUCACUCUCUGAACCACUAAGAUACAGAAAGAACUGGGUACGUUAAGCCUGGGGGACCUGUGGCACAAAGUUACCUAGUUUGUUGGAACUGAAGUAGAGGAACUCCUGUAGAUCUGCCCUUGUUAAUGGUGCAGUGCUACUAUAUCUUGUUUAUUGAAACAAGGAAAUUUAUAUAAUCCUUUUAUUUUGGAUCAUGUAUUCACUUCUACUUGUCUUUUUAAUUCCUUGUAAGGUUUUUUUGUGGUACUUUUUUUUUCCCCAAGCAAUGUGUGGAAAUGCUUUGUAUUUUCUUUCAUUUUUUCUUUUUUGACAUUAUUUUUUUCUUCCUAACCUCAGAGGUCUCUCUUUGAGGGCCGGUUUACUGGAUUAAGACUGUUGUCAAAAUGCUCAUAGACAAAGGCAAAAACAAAAAAUGAUGUAUCUUUGCUUAAUUGUUAAGCAGAUAAGCACUGAGAAAAACUGCACGCUUCUAGUUCAAUAGUUACUGUUUCACCUCUUUCAGGAUUAUAUAUUCAUAAAGCUACUGCUUCUCCCUUUCUGGGCAAUGUCUGCUGAGUAUUUACAUAGUAUACGCAUUUUUGAAAGACAAGUUUUGAUACAGUAUAUGUACCAUCCUCUUUUUUUCUUAUUUUAAAAUUCGGAAGAGAUACGUUAUUUCCCUAAACCCGGAUUAAGAUCAUCUUGUUUGAUCUAAAAUGAAUUCAUCUUCUUUCCCGCAGUGCGGUAAAACAAAAGUUGUAAAUGCUUUUCAUUGGACUGUUUUUGGACUGUAGAACCACAGUUCCGAUGUGAAAAAGGCACUUACUGUUCACUCUAGACUGGGUCGGCAAAGUACAGUAUCCUUAAUUCCCUGAUUCCGAACUAGACAAUGCCAUUUAACUUGUAUCAGGGAGACUUGCUUUGAAUAUGAAAAGUCCAAUGAAUUUGGAAAGAAAUGGAUCAAGAGCUUCACGAUUAAGAACAUACGUUUAAAACAAAGUGCCGUGAAGGGUUUUUAGACGUCUUGUGUGUUAGAAGCCCUCUAUGUGAUGAAUAUGCACAAAUGCUUAAAACAUUCUUUAGGAUAUGGCACCUGAUCCAGGAUUUGCACAGAAGGGCCGUUUGAGCUAAUUCCCCUUCGGCAAAGCACAUGAAUGAACAAUCAGUCAUUUCUCAUAAAUAAGCACAGAAUGCCGCAGAGCUGAUUGCGUUUAGAGAUGUUGAUGUACAUACACUGUACAGUAACAAUAGCGGGAUGGUAACAAAACACACUUUUUAGCAGACAUUUGCCAAAGAAAAGGGGACGGUCUAUUUAAAAAGGAUAGAUUAGCAGUUGCACUGAACUUUGUAGGGGCAUUUAUACUUUCAGGUAACCGAUGUCUUAUAUCAGCACAACUCGUUUCGGACCGGUAUUUCUGGUGGUGUUCUGUGACUUAAUCUUGUAGUGGGAAUGGUAAAGAAAAACACUUGACACCUUUUCAAUGCCUCUUGUAAAAAGACAAUAUUUGCACCUUAAAAUCCUAAACCAAAAUAUCUUCUCACAUUCUUCAAAGCAUGUUUCUCCCCGCCCCCCACUUCCCCUUCGCCCUCGUUGUUGAUCAUCAUGCUCGCGACAGCCUUUGCCCUUCUUCAAGUCCUCUCCGAGAGACGCCCGCGUCCGCUGAUUGUCUUUUAUUUUGUGUAUGUAAAUAUGAAUGAAAGUAUUUUAGGCAAGUUGUGUCGAUUAACCAAUGAUUUGCAAAGUCUGGCAUGAAGUUGGUUAUAAAGAAAAAAAAGAGUAUAUAUAUAUGAAAAACCGCCUGUUCCACAUAUUUUUCAUCCCACCAUAGAAUAUCAUCCUUCACGUUUUCUAAAUAGAAGAUGCCUAUAUAAAUUUAGAGGUCCUAUAUUAAUUAAACUAUUAUUGAUAAUAUCCUUUUGUGCUAGUACUGUCUCUUGAAUGUAAUGGAUUUUGUACCUGUAUUUUUCUAUUUAUGACUCAAUCUUGACUUUCCAACAUGUGAUGGAUUCUUAAGGAGGAUUUUUAGGCCAUUUACACAAGUGACUAGUUUGUUACAACCUGUUGGUAAUUUACAUGAGAAAUGCUGUACCGAUUACUAUGUGGAAUUUGCGCAUCAACAUGGUUUCUGUGUGUGUAAUUGUCAAUGAAUGAAAUUAAAGAGUUUUAUUUCUGAUCAAGGCCUCCAAACCAGGUAACACCAUGAUAUUAAGGAAGGAAACAAUGACCUCCCUCCACUUGAUAGACAUGCGUACAACUGCAGAAAAUGCCAAAACCCUCUGUAAUUCUGUUUGAAUAUUUUUGAAUCUUUUGUUUCUUCAGAUAGUCUUAAAACCUGUAUAUGCACCCAGAAAGUUUAUAAUCUACCUUAAACUUGUCAGGAAUGUAUGUCAGUGAGUUUCAGGGAGGUUCUGCAGAUCUAUGAUGUAUCCUCUUCAAAAGUGUGUACAAUGUGUGCUUGAUAUAAUUUAUGUCAAAAGUACUGUAUCAUGAUGUAUAUGGAUCUGAUUGUUACAGCCCAUUUGGUAACUCAGCCUUGCCUUACUGACACCCUGAUUAGAAAGGGAUUCCUUAGCCAUGCACUCCAGCCCAUUUUAAUGAAUUGUCUGUCAUAACACUGUCUGCUGAUAUAACACUGUCUGCCGAUGCAACUAUUAUCUCUUGAACACCUAUUAAAAUAACCUAUAUUAUA